AUGAGCAAGUGGCUGGAUGAUUUUCGCACAUAUUUUCCAACAAUUUGGCUAGUUUUAGCGCCUGCCAUUCUCUCGCCUUUGGCAUUUUUGGGAACCGAGGGAAAAUGUUGUUUUGUGAUUUUGACAAUGUCGUGUUAUUGGGUUGCUGAAGUUCUUCCGCUUGCUGUUACUUCGCUACUUCCAAUGAUAUUUUUGCCAAUUUUAGGAAUUUUGAGUAUUCGAGAUGUUGCGCCCAAAUAUUUUAGUGUUAGUUUUGAAUUUCUAAGUUAUGUUAACUAAUGAAAUUUUUUAGGAUACAAAUAUAGUGUUUUUCAAUAGUUUGAUGUUAUCACUGGCUGUUGAAGAAUGUCAACUUCAUAAAAGAAUCGCGUUGAAAAUGUUGACCUAUGUUGGAACAAGAGCACAUUGGUGGGUUACUGUGGUUAUUUGGGCUCGAAAAGUGUUAGAAAAAAUUAUAAUUUUCAAAAUCUUGAAAACUAUUCUUUGAUUUUUUUUUUUUUGAGUUCAAACUUUGUAUGUUUUUUUUUUCAAUAUCAGGCUUAGGCUUAGGCUUAAUUUAAUACUCAAAACAAUUUUUAUUUAAACUACAGUAAUACAAAACUAACUGCAGUAGUCUAGAAAAAUAUUUAGCACUGAAAUAAUUUAAAUUUUGAGCUACAGUGAUCUAGAAAAAACAAAUAAUCUGUAGAAUGUUCAAUUCAAGUACUUCUAAAACCAUUUUUCAUAGGGCUUACCUAUUUUUGGAUAAAUUUUCAAUUUUAUUUCCAGGUUAAUGGCUGGAUUUAUGAUCAUCACAAGUUUCAUGUGAGUCCAAUUUCUUAUUCUCCUUCCCCCUCAUUUUCCAUAUUCCAGAUCCCUUUGGAUUUCUGACACUGCAUGUUGUGCUCUGAUGGCCCCGAUCGCUUAUGCGCUUCUCGAAGAAAUCAUGAUUCCAAAAAUGAAAAUUGACCCAGAAGAAUUGGAGGAACUCGAAAGAGAAACUGGUAGAAAAUUGGACACUUCAAAAUUAUCGAAAAGAGAUCGAGGAAUUUGUAAAUGUAUGAUGCUUUUAGUUGCACAUGCUUCAUUGAUUGGUGGAACUGGAACUAUUAAUUCGACUGGACCAAAUUUGAUUUUUAGGGAUACUUUGGAGAAGUUAGUGAAACUAUAAAUACAGCUAGUUUGUUUUUUAAAAAAAUUCCAGAAAUUUCCCUGGAGAGGAUACGGGAAUCUCAUAUUUAUCUUGGAUGGCAUUUGCAAUUCCACCAAUGAUUUUUUAUAUGUUCAGUUCUUGGUUUAUUGUCCAACUUCAAUUUUUAGGAUUCAAACACCUUUUGGGAAUAUUCAAGAAACCAACAGAAGAAGAAAAAUUAGAAGAAUCAGUUGCUCGAAAAGCAGUUUUGAAAUCAUAUGAAGAAUUAGGUCCAAUGAAAUGGUCCGAAAAAUCAACUCUCAUCAUUUUCAUUCUCGCCGUUUUCAGUUGGAUUUCAAGUGAUCCGAAAGUUGUUCCAGGCUGGUCUUCAUUGUUUUUACCGGGAUUUGUGACUGAUUCUGUUUCUGGACUUAUUGCAGUUCUAUUUUUAUUCAUUUGGCCGAAAGAGAAACCAGAUUUCAGAUUUUUAAGAGAAGAUAAAAUGAGAAAAUGUGUUAGAAGAGAGGCUUUGAUUGAUUGGGAUACUGUAAGAAGACGAUUUCCUUGGUCGAUUAUUUUGUUGCUUGGUGCUGGAUUUGCGAUUUCUGAUGCUGUUAAGGUGAGAUCUCAACUUCUGAUCGAAAAAAUUCGAGAAUAUUUUCAGAGAAGUGGUCUAUCAGCUCUAAUCGCUUGUUAUCUCAAUUCCUCAAUUUCAUCUCUACCAUUUCCAGUAAUGCAAAUAAUUAUCUCAAUAGUUGUUGUUGUAAUGACAGAAUUCUCAACAAAUUCAGCGACCGCCUCAAUUUUCUUGCCAAUUUCUUUCAAAAUGGCUGAAAAUGUUCGAGCUCAUCCAUUAUAUUUUUCAAUUCCAACUGCAAUUGGACCAAGUUUCUCAUUUAUGCUUCCGAUGGCAACUCCAGCAAAUGCGAUUGUUUAUGAGACAAAAACUAUUCGGAUGAUUGAUAUGGUAUUUUUUUUUGUGGUUUUAGAGAAGUUUUCAGACAAAAAAGCUGGAAAAAAUGAUAGGAACUCCUUUUCAGAGCUCUAAAAGUAAGCUCAUCGUCAAAUUUUCUAAAUUCCAGGUUUCGUGUGGAAUUUUCCUCAAUAUAUUUUGUAUAAUCAUAACCGUAAUCAAUAUGAAUACAUGGACAUAUUGGCUUUUCAACAUGGGAACUUAUCCAGAUUUUGCAAUUCGACAUUCUUCAAAUUCCACCUCUACGCAAUGUUUCUAA